CCCAGGGACCAUGGACCGCUCAGCGGAGGCGGCCGGGGUCCCGGAGGGCGCCGAUAUUGGGUCACAGAAGGACAGAGUGGUGACCGAGGAGGAAUGGCUGCAGAGAUGGGAAACGGGGAACAUCGGGUUCCACAAGAAACGAGGGCAUCCGCUCCUCCAGAAGUACCUGGAUGUUCUUUUAAAUGGCAGGAGCGGACUGAGGGUAUUUUUCCCACUUUGUGGUAAAGCAGUGGAGAUGAAAUGGCUGGCGGACAUGGGGCACAAUGUUGUUGGUGUGGAAGUCAGUGAGCAAGCGCUGAAGGAAUUUUUCUCAGAACACGGUCUGCCUUAUUGUGAGGAGCCAGUCCCGGAGAUUUCAGGAGCAAAAAUGUUUCAGAGUACUUCUGGGAACAUUUCUCUGUACUGCUGCAGUGUUUAUGAUUUGUCCAGCUCAAUACUUGGCAAGUUUGAUGGGGUUUGGGACAGAGGAGCUCUAGUAGCUGUGAAUCCAUGCGACAGACAACGCUAUGUUAGUUUGAUGAUCACCCUAAUGGAGAAAAAUUCUUCUUAUCUCCUCGUUACUGUUUCAUAUGAUCCAAACAAACACAAAG